AUGGCGUCGGCACUUCUGCAAAGCCGCAAGACCGAUACCGUCCAACACUUGGUAUUAAGUGUCAAAAGCCAAAAGUCUCAACUGGAACUCCAGAACCAAUUCGCCGAAUACCAUGAGCAGGUCAAAGUUCUCCGAGGCCAGAACGUACAAGUUGCUCAAGAGGCCGACACCAUCAUUCUAGCUCACAUGCCGUUCAUGGUUAAAGAUAUCUUGUCGGAGAAAGGUAUGCGAGAUGCAUUCAAGGGGAAGCUGGUUAUUAGCAUCCUUGCCGGAAUUAACGCCAAGAAAAUACAAGGGGCUCUCGGUAUCCCAGAUGGACAGCAAGAAUAUGACCUUAUCAGAGUCAUGCCGAACCUCGCUACGUCGCUGAGGGAGUCAAUGACCGUGGUUAAGGAGCCCGGGCCUGAUGCAUCACCAGAAAGUCUGGAAAAGGCCACCAAGAUUCUCGAACAGUUCGGCUCGACAGUCACGGUACCUGAUGAAACAUAUCAUGCGGCUGGUAUUCUGACGGGGGCCUAUUUCGCCCUCACUAGCAUUGCGCUGGACGGAAUGGCGGAUGCUGCUUUGGCUGCAGGCAUGACUCAACCUCUGGUUAACGCGGUGACCAUUCAGUGCCUCGAGGGAUGGGUCAAGCUCCUGGAACAGGGCAAAACACCAACCGACAUUCGAGAGUUUUUGGCAGCGCCUGAAGGAGCAAGCUACCAGGGAAUCGCGACUCUCGAUAGAGCUAACACUCAAGUGGCUUUCUCAGAGGCUUUUGAACGUGCUACGGACAGGGCGAAGGAGCUUGAGGAACGUGGAAACUAG